AUGAGUAAGAUAAGAUCUAUUCAAGCCAACCCUACUCAGGAGGAAGAACUACGUAAAGCUGAAGUCGAGAAAGGGGAUUUGCCUUCAGCUCUUUCAGCACUCUAUACACGUCUUUCAGAAGCUGAACAAAAUUUUUCUGAUAUUGAUAUCAGAGAUACUUUGAUUGAAAUUGGGGACUAUUCAAUAAAUUAUUAAUUUACUAUAUUUUUCUUGCACCAGUAGAUGAAAUCUUAACAAAAACAAGCAUUAUCCUGAUUGAUUUUUAUUAAAUUCAUAAAUUUAGUAUAUUUCCAAGCUGAAGGGAAUUUUGAUAGAGCGAUCAAUAUCUAUCUCAUAGCGUAUGAUAAAGCCGGCGCAUCAGACAUAAAAAUCGAUAUUACACUCAAGAUCGCGCUCAUUGGCUUCAAAACAAAAAAUCUUGACAUGCUGAAGAAAGAAAUAGAACAAGCCACCGCAUUAUUUGAAGAAGGAGGAGAUUGGGAAAGAAAAAACAGGUUUAAGGCUUACGAAGCUGUCUAUUUCAUGAUGAUCAGAAAUUUUAAACAAGCCGCUCACAAUUUCUUGGACAUUUUGGCAACAUUUACAUCAACUGAGCUGAUUUCUUUCCAAGAUUUCAUUCAAUAUACAAUCUUGAUGUCCUUGGUUUCUCUUGACCGUGCAACUAUUAGAACUAAGGUAAUCCACGCUCCUGAAAUCUUGUCUGUGAUUCGUGAGAUGCCAACUAUUCAGCAAUUUUUAGACUCCCUGUAUAAAUGCAAUUAUAAGCAAUUUAUCAAGAGUUUUGUUGACGAGACUCUUUUUUCAAUUGAAUAACAAAAUAUUUUUUAUAUAUAUUCUAAAAUCAUUAUAUUUAACUUUUAUAUAAAAGUAUAAUUGAUUUGGUGGCUAAUGAUAACUAUAUAAGCCAGCAUAAAAGAUAUUGGGCAAGAGAAAUGAGAGUUGUGGCUUAUUCUCAAUUUUUAGAAAGCUACAGAAGCGUAACGCUAGAAAGCAUGGCAAAAAGCUUUGGAGUCAGCAUUGAUUUUCUUGAUAAAGAGCUUUGUGAGUUUAUUUCAUCAGGACGUUUGCCUUGCAAGAUUGACAGAGUUAAUGGAGUGAUUGAAUCAAACAGGCCUGACUCGAGAUCUGCUGUAUAUGGGUCCAUCGUGAAGAGCGGGGAUUACAUCUUGAAUAGGCUCCAAAAACUAGCAAGAAUAAUGGACGUCUAA